AUGCCCACCCACGGGAUCGGGAGGUGGAGACAUCUUUUACCCAAAGAUCCGCCAAAGAAGAAGAGGGACAGGCCGCAGAUGAAGGAGAUCGUCGUGGAGACGGAGACGACGUACGCCACUCUGAACGUCAACGUGUCGGGUUACGACAUGACGAUGGUGGAGCAUUUCUCCCAGCACAUCCACAACCUCUGCAACCGGCUGGGCAUCAAAGUGUUGGACUGCUAUGCUUUGCAAACCAAGACCACCGAGGUCUGGCUGAUGCAGGAGCAAGGCACCAAGAUGUCUGUGGACUCCUUCCUGAAGACUCACAACCGAGUCGUGCAGUUAAGAAGUCUGAACGCCACCAUGUGUCCUAUUUUCCUGGAGGUUCUUUUGAAGAAUCAACCAGAGGGAGUGCAGCUCUCUGUGCAGGAGCACACAGAGGUGGAUUACAAAGCUCGCUUCAAGGGCCGUCCUGAACUCGAGGGUCUCAAGGCGAAGAUCGCCUAA